AUGUAAAUUCAAUCAUUCGAUGAAUUAGCUACAGAGAAGGAAAUAAAAUUGUUUGGAAAGACUACAUCAUAGAAAUUUUAACGUUUAAAGAUAAUCAUUAUAGGACUGUCAAGUGUAAUUAAUAACUACAAUCCUAGCUUGGAUUAGAGAUUGCCAAACAUAUUUCUACACAACAACCAGAAUUGAUAAAACUUUGUGAUAUAUAAUUACAAAGAUUGAAAUAAUGUGAAUAACUUCUAAAAAUAAAUAAUGUUAUAUAAAUAGAAACAUUGGAGAUGUAUUAUAAGGAGAAUGAAAUAUUGUAAAAAAUAGAAAAGCAUGAUUUAACAAUAAUUUGUGAUAUUUAAUCUUUAAAAUUUGCAAUAGGAGUAAGUGAACAUUUAAGAUCAAAUGCAUCUUAAAAUUAAAAGAAUAAUAAAGGAGUGAUUUGGACAUGUACUUUUGGAUUCAUUUGUCUUAAAUUUUCAGAUUUUGGUUAAGGAUUCAAAGUAUUUGAUAGAGAUGGAGUAUAACCAUUUCCUUACCAUAUAGUGAAUAUUACUAAUUCUAAUCCAGGUUUUGUAUAAAAUCAUAAUUCAAUUCCUCAUAAUUAUAAAACUGGUGAUUUUGUAAGAAUUAGUAAUGUUGAAGGUAUGUAUGACAUAAGUAAAUGGACCAGAAGCACGUCCUAUUAAGAUAAUAUCUUAAACUGAAUUUUCUAUUGGACAUACUUAACAUUAUGAAAAGUACUUAGCAGGUGGAUUAGUUUAAUUAACUAAAGUACCUUUUAAGUACUAAUUUUAAAAGCUUUCUGAAACUAUUUAUAAUUAUAAAAUACUUAAAAAACAAAUGAAGAUAAAGUUGUUUAUAACACUGUAAUAGCGUUCAUUCAUUCAAUUUGUUAGUGAUAUUGAUAGUAUAGAUGAAUUUUAGAUUAAAACUAAAUUAUAAUCAUAAAAUGCUUUAGUUAUAGGAAGUGGAGGAACUGGAUGUGAGAUUAUUCGAUUAUUUUCAUUAAUGGAAUGUUGUUCUCAGCCAUAUUUCUAAACUUACUAUUUUAGCUGAUGAUAUUGUUCUUAAAUAUACAUUAGAAACUCAUAUUUGGUUUAAGUAAAUUAUACUCUAAUUAUAGUUAAUAAACAUUUGGUAUGCUAAAAGCUGAUGUAGCUUAAUAAUAAGCACAAUUACUAAGUUCCACCAUUAAUAUUGAUGUAGAUAAAAAUAAAUUUAGUGAAAAAUCUGAAAUUAUUGUCAAAUAACAUGAAAUCAUAUUUUCUGCCAUUAAUAAUCAAACAUCAAGAAUAUUAAUCUAACAAUAAGCUUAAAAACACAAUAAAGUAUUAUUUGAUUAAAUACUUAAUGGUUUAAAAGCUUAUACUCAAUUUGGAAAACCAAAUUAACAACUAUAAAUUUAAGAACUUUAAAAAAUGUAUAUAAUGUUGAUUAAGAUACUUAUAAGAAAUUUCCUUAUCUUCCUAUUCAUUGUGUACUCUGGGCUAUAGAAGUAUUUGAUAAUAGUUUUGUUGGUUUUGUUACUGAUUUUUUAAAAUUCUUACAUGAUAGAAAUGGAUAUCUAUAAAACUUUGAAGAACCAGAUGUAAUUAAUAAUUUUAGGGUUGAUAACUAUCACAUUAGAAGCUCAUGUUAUCAAUAGAAUAUCUAAACCAGGAUUUAAUUUAACAUUAGAUAAAAUUCUUAGUUUGUCUAAAGAAUUAUAUGAAUUUCAUUUUGAAUUCAAAAUUACUUAGUUACUAAAAUAAUAUCCAAUAGAUGCAUUAGAAUGUGUAUGGACUGGAUAUAAAAAAAUACCUUAACCUAUGAAAUUUGAUUCUAAUAAUAUGGAUCAUGUUGCGUAUAUUUAAAUUACUACUCUUUUGAUCUCUAAAUUAUUCAAUAUUAAUGUAAGUGCUGUAUUUAAAUAAGAAUAUGUAAUUGAUAAAUUGUAACAAAUGACUGAAAUUAUUGGAAUCUAACUAAUCCUUAAAUUUCCUACUGAAUAUUCAUCCUAAAAUAAACCACAAUUCUUAAAUUUUGAUGAUGAUUAAGUUCGUGGCUUAUAUGUUAGAUGCAUUCAUUCAUUAACUAAUCUAAGAUGUACAAAUUACAAUCUAUAGCCUAUUCCAUUAUAUAAAGUUUAAAAAUAUGCUCUAGAAAUGCAAAGAAGCAAUCCAAUUAUGCAUUCAAUCAUUGUUGGUUGGAUGAGAAUUGAAUUAUAUAAAUACCUAUAUGUAAUAUUUAUAUCCAAAUCAAUAGGGUAAUUGCAAAUAAAGAAAUAUGCAUAUAGAUGUUAAUAGUAAUAUUUUAGAAUUCAAAUGA